AUGUCUUCUCAAAGUUCAAGCCAUGGCGCGGGUCAGGACCUGCGGGUGCUCUUUCUGCACGAGCUGGAUUCAGCCCCUGGCAGUGAAAAGCAGCGCCUGCUUGAAAAGGCCCUUGGGAAGCAAAGAGUGAAGGCUCCGAACUUGAAGACGAGGCAGACCAUAAUGGUCUUUGUCCUCAUCUUCUUGGUUCUGUCCAUUUGCCUUCUUAGCUCAGUUAUAGCAGCGGCUGUGCUGGCAAAGUGGUAUGUCGGCCUGGGCGUCUUUCUUGCAUCGGCGGUAGUGCUCUUGCUUUCAUACUGGUUUGGAGGGAAGGCUGCUACGCAUUACAUGUGGCGAAAGGCCAUUCGCAUAGCCGAGAAGAAGUUCAGGGAGCAGCGGUCCAACCUAAUCGUCGCCACUUCCUUCGGGUCUGUGGUGGCCCUCAGCAUGGACGUUCCGAAAGUGCCAAUGUACGCUCGAUUUAUGCGCCUGCGCAACGGCUUCACGCUGCACGGGAUCCCCUAUGUGGUGAUUGUGCACGGAUCGGGGGAUAAGACGGUUCCCUUGGAUGAUUCGAUCCGUCUUCUUGAAACGGCAGAUGGGCCGGGCCGCAGCCGUCUAGAAGUCAUAAAUGACACGCACACGCUGAAGUCCAUAAAGCCGGAAGAGUUGCGUCAGUGGGUCGAGGAGGUGUACACGCAGGGGAAGCAGCAAGUUAGGGUCCUUGCCGAUUCCGGCGCAAAGAAUGUGGACCCGUCAUUAUAUGAGUGGGAGGAUCAGGAGACAGACACUGGGAAAACAGCGAAACAGGAACAGGAAAAUGGUGACGAGGGUUCCAGCAGAGGAACUAGUGCCACGCAUGAGCCAGCUGGCAGUGUCUGA